AUGCUGCUUUGGAUUGUCCUGCUGAAUGCGGCUCUUUGUGUUGCCGGUGGGAACGUUACGAGGGACGUGUGCAAGGAGCAGAUCUGCUCCUGCAACGAGGUGGAGGGAGAUCUGCACAUCGACUGCGAAAAGAACAGCUUCACCACGCUGCAGCAUCUCACUGGCCCCAGCUCGCAGUUCUAUCACCUGCUGCUGCACGGGAACUCUCUGUCUCGGCUCUUCCCCAACGAGUUCGCCAACUUUUACAACGCCGUGAGCCUCCAUUUGGAGAACAACGGGCUGCACGACAUCGUGCCCGGCGCCUUCCUGGGACUGCAGCUGGUGAAGCGGCUGCACAUCAACAACAAUAAGCUACGUUUUUUCCGGAAGAGUACGUUCCUGGGGUUGGACGAUUUGGAAUACAUGCAGGCUGAUUUUAAUCUGCUGAGGGAUAUUGACCCCGCCGUUUUCCGGGAUUUAAAUAAACUUGAAGUGUUGAUUCUUAACGACAACCUCAUCAGCGCGCUGCCCAUCAACGUGUUUCAACAUGUGCCCAUUACGCAUCUCGACCUGCGGGGGAACCGGAUCAAAACGGUGCCGUACGAGGGGAUCCUGGAACAGAUACCGGGCAUUGCGGAGGUUCUGCUGGAGGACAACCCGUGGGACUGUAACUGCGAGCUGGUGUCCCUGAAGGAAUGGCUGGAGAACAUACCGAGUAACGCGCUCAUCGGGCGGGUGGUGUGCGAGGCUCCCACCCGGCUGCAGGGGAGCGACCUGAACGAGACCUCGGAGGCCGACAUGUGCCCUUCGCAGAGCGGCGGCGUGGACACCAGCCUGGUGGCCCCUCCCACCCAGGAGGAGGCCUCCGAGACGGCGGCGCGCGAGCCGCGUCCCACGCCUCACAAGCCCAGCGGGCCCCCGACGCCCGGCGGCCGCGGGCCCAAGGGCCGCUCCAAGUCUCGCGAGAACUGGCAGCUGAAGACGAGGCCCACUCCGGUGUUGACGGGUGCGCACGGCGACAGAGAGCAGCUGCACAAUGUGUCGUGCCCCCAGCCGUGCAACUGCAAGCUGGUCGGCUCCAGACAGGGGCUGGGGGUCAACUGCGAGGGCAAAAAGAUCGAGAGCUUGGCCAACCUCAAACCGAAACCCAUGGCCGCGCACGAGCUGAACAUGAGAGACAACAACAUCCACGCAGUGAAGAAGAACCAGCUGCUCGGAUACGCCAGCCUUAACCUGCUGGAUCUGGGCGGGAACAACAUCAAGGUGAUCGACAACAGCACUUUCCUCAACCAGAGCGAGCUGCGGUGGCUGUAUAUGGAUAAGAACUAUCUGGAUACGCUGGUGGCGGAGAUGUUCGUGGGCCUUGUGAAUCUGGAAUAUCUCAGUUUGGAAUAUAACGACAUCCAGCUGAUCGCGGCCGGCGCUUUCAGCCCCAUGCCCAACCUGAGGGUGCUGUUCCUCAACAACAACCUGCUCAAAUCGCUACCAGUGGAUUCUUUCCUUGGGAUUUCUCUAUCCAAAAUCAGCCUGCAUAAUAAUUAUUUCCCCCACCUCCCCGUGGCUGGAGUGUUGGACCAGCUCAGUUCAAUCAUUCAGAUCGAUUUGCACGGGAACCCGUGGGAUUGCUCCUGCAGCAUCGUGCCCUUCAAGCAGUGGACGGAGAAGCUCGGCACCGACGUCAUCGUGAGCGAUCUCAAGUGCGAGUCGCCCGAAGAGUUCUGGAAACGGGACUUCCGCUACGUCCGGAACGACCUCAUGUGCCCCAAGCUCUACGACAAGGUGUCCCCGACCCUGCUGGCCAAAAACAGCACGUUCGCCCUGGACUCGGGGACGCGCUCGAACUCUUACUUGGAGCCCAACCGGGUCUCCAUUUCGGUGCUCGUCCCCGGGCUGCUGCUGGUGUUCGUCACCUCCGCGUUCACCGUCGUGGGGAUGCUGGUGUUCAUCUUACGCAACCGGAAGCGCUCAAAGCGGAGGGAGGGCAACUCGUCCGCCUCGGAGAUUAAUUCCUUGCAGACAGUGUGCGACUCAUCCUAUUGGCACAGCGGGGCCUAUCACGCGGACGGGGGCGCGCACCGGGGCUUCGACUGCAGCGCGCACCUCUCCACGACAAACGAUGCGUAAAUGGGACCCUGGCCGUGGUCCACCCGUACAAUAAGCCUCCCUCUCACCCCCCCCCCCCCUCACCGAACUGGAUUACAAACGGUCACACCGGACAGACUGACGCACACGAGUGACUGAUUGUUCGCGAGAGGCGAACGCAGACUUGUUUGUGGUGUCUUGUUUCUCCAGUUGAACCAAGUAAGUCAGUCUGCUGCUGCACAGGCCCCACUCUGUAAUAUAUGUCUAUGCCAAGCCCCCCCUGGCUUAAAACCCCUCCCUCCCUCCUCUUCCUCCUCCUCCUCCCAGUUCUGCUAUUUGCCGCAAUCGGACUACGGAUCUGUAUGAGACAGAAAAGAGGGAGAAAAAGGAGAGAGGGAGAGGGCGGGUGUGUGUGUGUUCGUGAGAGUGUGAGAGAGAGAGAGAGAGGACCCAGGGAAUGGUGCACGAACGCAUGAAUGUAAAUGUAAAUACUCGGACCGAUGUAUCAUAAUCUGCAUGAUGAUAUUUCGCAUGGUUUCAACUCACACGACGGCGAGGAACCAUAACUACCAUAACCCCCCCAAGAAGCAACACUCGACCCUUUUCAUGUUAUAUCAAUACGACGACGAUAUAUAGAUAUUAAGAAUUAUAUAUGACUAUUACAAAGUGCCAUUUCUCUAUUUUUUUGUGAACCUCCAGUUGGGAUUUGUAUUUGUUGUUUUCAACCUGUUUGGAGAAGAAGAAGAAAAAGAAGAAGAAAAAAAAGAAAAACAAAAUCACGGAGGGAUAGCGAUGACUAUGGCAAAGGAGCGGUGGAAGUGACGCUGUCAGUGCAUGUUAUUUUCUGUUUGUUAUCAUUUGAUUGUCGAUAAAUAUUGGGGUUAUUUAUACCGUACUAGAUGGUGCAGAUUAAAUCCAUGUCUGCGCAGUCAUCAUCUCCUUUAUGAAUGUAAACUGUGUUAUUUUAUGGUGUGCCAAUUGUUGACUUUCAGAUAUUCAGACGUGCAGAUGAGCAUGACCAAUUAACGUCACUCAGAUGCUUCUGCUGCAGAGUUUAUGUAGCUAAAAUAACAGUUCUGUGGUUUUGUGUGUCAAUGAAUAUACGCCUGCUUUGGGUGGGAGGAAGACAAAAAAAGCAAAAACAACAAAGUCAUUUAAAUGGGGGGGGGGUUUCUAACAUAUUUUUUCAACAACCGAGCAAAAGAAGUGUUUUCAAUUGAGCUAUGUAGGUAUAAUUCGAUCGAUGUAAACAGCGCAGGUAGACGGAAAUAGAAUAGAAUGCUUUUUUUAACGUCAGAAAAAGAAGUAUUCCUCCACAUGAAAAGCGUACGGCUACGAUUCACCUUCAUUCCUAUUGUGAGCUUUUGUAAAGCCAUCUAAUCUUGUCCAAAUAAGAGAACUGAAACUCACUGUAUUUACUACAACAUGUGCUUAAAAAAGCGGCUUUGGGACGGGAUGGGGGGGGGGGGGGGGGGGGGUGUAGAGGCCCUGGCUGUCUAACUGGGGCCCUGCGAUGGGGGGAACUCAGCAUGAGGCCCAUAAAGACACAGGAGUGGGUCUUCUACACACACACACACACACACACACACAGACUCUGAGGGUAUUUGAUAAUGCAAGAUGCCUUUUUCAAUUCAGCAUUUUGAACUUAUUCAACAAAUUCUCAAUUAUUUGAAUUUCUCUGCAGUGUCUUUAAAAAACAAAUGCAAAGAAUGUGCAAUUUUCCCUCCCCCCCCCCCCCCUUCAUUUAUUUGUGAACACAAUGUACUCGUCCAGGAUACCGGGGGACACCUUUCGCCAAUUGAUUUUCUCUAAGAUGCCUAUACUUUGGCAGCAGAAUUUGGCACCGCUCCUAAAAAUGGCAUCCGGCAUGCUGAGAGUGUACAGAGUUGACGUGAGAUGGGCUUAA